CCGGGAGUGGUGAUUCUUAGUCCAUAAUUCACACUAUAUGAAGACUUGGAUGAAUCUGUGUCGUAGCAUGAACCGCUUGGUGCUUGAUUGUUAAGUUUCUAUCCUAAAGAAAACAAAAGCGUGCAACCUUCAUCAUGUCUCCAAGCACAACUACGCGCACACACAGCAUUGCCACAAUAGGCGCCGAUGGCAUAGGUCCAGAGGUCGUCAACGCCGGUGUACAAGUCUUGAGGAAACUCGCACAGCUAGAUGGAUCAUUCCAACUACAAUUCAAAGAUUACGAUUGGAGUUCAGAAACAUACAAAAAGACAGGAAAGUACAUACCCGAUGGGGGACUAGAAGAACUUAAGAAGCACAACGCGAUUCUCUUCGGUGCCGUUGGCGCUCCAGACGUUCCAGAUCACAUCUCUCUAUGGGGCCUCCGCCUCGCCAUCUGCCAAACCUUCCAGCAAUACGCCAACGUCCGACCCACCAAAAUCUUCCGUGGCACUUCAUCUCCCCUGCGAAAAGCAGAGCACGGCGAUCUCGACUGGGUCAUCGUACGCGAGAAUUCUGAAGGAGAAUAUGCAGGUCAAGGAGGCCGAUCGCAUAAAGGUCAACCGUGGGAAAUCGCCACCGAAGUCUCCAUCUUUACGCGACAUGGCGUAGAGCGUCUGCUACGUUUUGCGUUUGAGACGGCGCGGAAACGACCGAGGAAGUACAUCACUGUUGUUACAAAAAGUAACGCACAGCGCAAUGGGAUGGUCAUGUGGGAUGAGGUUGCUGCGGAGGUUGCGAAAGAGUUUCCCGACGUCAAGUGCGAUAAGAUGCUUGUUGAUGCUAUGACGUGUAGGAUGGUGCUUGAUCCGAAGUCACUAGAUACGAUAGUAGCGACGAAUUUGCAUGCGGAUAUCCUUUCAGACCUUGCAGCCGCCCUGGCUGGCUCGAUUGGUAUUGCACCGACCAGUAAUCUUGAUCCCACACGCCAGAACCCAUCCAUGUUCGAGCCAAUCCACGGCUCAGCAUUCGACAUUACAGGCAAGGGUAUCGCGAAUCCAGUAGGCACGUUCUGGACUGCAUCCGAGAUGCUAGCAUGGCUGGGCGAGGAGCAAGCGGCUCAGAAGCUUAUGGAGAGUGUUGAGUCGGUUACCGAGCGAGGUGUUACGACUCGUGAUCUCGGAGGCAGCUCCUCGACGAAUGAGGUUACGGAUGCGGUUUGCUUUCAGCUGGAGCGCAUAUAUGGUGUCUCCUCGAAACAGUAAACGAGGCCUGGAUUUCGUGUGGCUGGAUGUGGGGCUGGGUCCGUUACCCGAUCCGAAGUAUGGUGGCUUUGGUAGUAUAACCCUGUCUGUCAACAAGAA